CACGAAUAACAAGCGACAAAUCCUCCCCUUUCAACUCCACCACUUUUCCUCAACCAUGUCGUCCAUUGAGGCACUCCUCAAGGACGAGUCUACAAGAAAUAUCCGUAGACUGCUGAAGGCUGUUAUUCUCCUUACUAUUGCUGGUGCUGCCGUUUCGAGUCGGUUGUUUUCUGUUAUACGAUUUGAAAGCAUUAUCCACGAAUUUGAUCCAUGGUUUAACUUCCGUGCCUCUAAAUACCUCGUCAAGAACGGGUUUUACAAUUUCUGGGACUGGUUUGAUGAUCGAACAUGGCAUCCGCUCGGUCGUGUUACUGGAGGAACUCUCUAUCCAGGUCUCAUGGUGACCUCCGGUGCAAUUUACCAUAUUCUCCGUAUGCUCUCUAUGCCAGUCGACAUUCGGAAUAUCUGCGUUCUCCUCGCCCCGGCAUUCUCUGGCCUCACGGCCCUCGCAACAUACCUCUUUACCAAGGAGAUGAAGGAUGAAUCUGCAGGUUUACUCGCUGCGGCAUUCAUUGGUAUUGCACCCGGUUAUAUUUCUCGUUCUGUUGCGGGUUCAUACGAUAACGAGGCAAUUGCUAUCUUCCUGCUGAUGUUCACCUUCUACCUCUGGAUCAAAGCGUUGAAGGAUGGGAGUGCCUUCUGGGGUGCUCUGUGUGCCUUGUUUUACUUUUACAUGGUUGCUGCCUGGGGUGGAUAUGUUUUCAUUACGAACAUGAUACCUCUGCACGCAUUUGUGCUGGUCUUGAUGGGCAGAUACUCGUCGAGGUUGUACGUCGCAUACACAAGUUGGUUUGCUCUCGGGACGUUGGGCAGCAUGCAGGUCCCGUUCGUCGGUUUCUUGCCUAUCAGAUCUUCUGAGCAUAUGGCUGCACUUGGUGUUUUCGGACUUCUCCAACUUGUCGGAUUCGUCGAAUUCGUCCGAUACCAGGUUCCAUCUCGCCAGUUUAAGACAUUGCUCAAGGCUUUGAUCUUUAUCGUCUUUGCGUUGUCUUCUGCUGUGCUUGUGCUUCUCACACUUUCUGGAGUUAUUGCACCCUGGUCUGGUCGUUUCUAUUCACUUUGGGACACAGGAUACGCCAAGAUCCACAUUCCUAUCAUUGCAUCCGUCUCGGAGCAUCAGCCUACCGCAUGGCCUGCUUUCUUUUUUGACUUGGAGAUGCUCAUUUGGCUAUUCCCUGCCGGUAUCUACAUGUGUUUCAGCACUCUUCAAGACCAACAUGUCUUUGUUAUCAUCUAUGGUAUCAUGGCCAGCUACUUUGCCGGUGUGAUGGUUCGUUUGAUGUUAACCUUGACUCCUGUCGUCUGUGUUUCCGCCGCCAUUGCUCUGUCAAAUAUCCUGGAUGUUUAUCUUUCAAUCAAGACCCCUGCGGCUCCCGCAGCUUCCAGCAUUGCUGUUAUUGCUGCCUUCAGCAUUUAUCUCUUUGUUUUUGUUCUUCAUUGCACUUGGGUUACUUCCAACGCUUACUCCUCGCCAUCCGUCGUCCUAGCAUCUAGAUUGCCAGACGGAUCGCAACAUAUCAUUGAUGAUUACCGUGAAGCUUACUACUGGCUCAGGAAGAACACUCCAGACGAUGCCAAGAUUAUGAGUUGGUGGGAUUACGGAUACCAGAUCGGUGGUAUGGCUGACCGUACCACUUUGGUUGACAACAACACUUGGAACAAUACCCAUAUUGCUACCGUUGGUAAAGCCAUGAGCUCCCGUGAGGAAGUUGCAUAUCCUAUCUUGAGGCAGCACGACGUUGACUAUGUUCUCGUUAUUUUUGGUGGUCUUUUGGGAUACUCUGGCGAUGAUAUCAACAAGUUCCUAUGGAUGAUCCGUAUCGCAGAAGGCGUCUGGCCUGACGAAGUUAAAGAGCGCGACUUUUUUACCCCCCGCGGAGAAUACCGUGUCGACGACGGUGCCACUGAUACCAUGAAGAACUCCAUAAUGUACAAGAUGUCAUACUACAACUACCAAUCCCUAUUCCCCGCUGGCCAAGCCCAGGACCGCGUCCGAAACGCAAAGCUCCCAGCUGUUGGCCCGACUCUGAGCAUCUUGGACGAAGCUUUCACCAGCGAGAACUGGAUUGUGAGAAUCUACAAGGUCAAGGAUUUGGACAACCUUGGUCGCGACCAUGUUUCUGCUGCCGCCUUCGAUGCGGGUAAGAAGAAGAGUAAAAGGACGAAGGUUGGCAAGGCGCAGAGGAAGUUGAGGGUUGUUUAG